AGGUAGCUCUAUGUUUAGCUUACACGUGUGCCAGUCUUCCUCUUACCCUAUGUCAUGCAUGACUAUAGCUCAAUUCCACACACACACACCACAUGAAAGGCUGGUAUAUACAAAAAUGGGGGUGUGGGAAACAAUAGUACGAGCUGCAUGUAUGUAUAUCGAGGAAAAGCACGUUUUAGCAUGCUCAAUGUCAGUUGUAAAUUAGAUGUUGCAAUUUGUUUAGGCAAAAGCUUGCUGUCCCCGCAGCUGUUGGGGUGAUCCAGAAUUCACACAUGACUAGAAUGAUAGCUUACUCGAAACACCAUGCUUUGAAGUAGAUUCCAACGCAAGGCAAGUGCAUACUCUAACUGUAAAUCCAGAAAUGUUGGCGCACCAUUAAAAUGAAGCCAGUGUAGCGCUGAACCCGUUGGGGCCUGUUUGUUGCGCGUGGUGGUAACAGGCGGACGGCGGACAGACUGUAACCAUCGCUGCGCAUGCGCACCGAGGGUUAAUUAUGGUCGAGUCAGUCCGGUUUGUUGCAGCCUUGUCUUUCUUUGUGCAAGGAUGUGGUCUACUAUGUCGUUUUUGACAGCAUCAAGAUUUGCGCGCGUCGCCGCCCGCGCAAGCAUUGGUGCGCAUGCGCAUUACCGAACGACAGGCAACAGCGUGCAUGCUGCAGCUAAAUGGUUGCCUGCAGAUGCAGUGUUGAAAGUACAAGGAGCGAAAAUCGGACGAGAUGCUGCGAAGAAAAAGUCCAAGGGCCGGACCUCCGGAGAAAAUGCUGCUAGGAAUACUUGCGUUUCUUCUGCUGUUUUACGCAGCUCGGUCUCGUCUGCCGCAUCAGUACGAAGGUAAAGAUGCUCUAGCUGCCCACACGCAGCAGCGGCGGUUUGUAGCAUGCAAUCCGAUAUUUUCCGGCAGCGCUUGCGCCCGUUGUGUGAUGUGUGGCAUAGUCGCGCGAAUCGGUAGUAAUGGCGAAGUUGGAAUCGGAGAAGUUUGGUAAUGCAUCCAGCCCUGCCCCUCGCUCCGCUACGGCUCGUAUCACUAAUAGCUAGUACACCUGUUGCAGGUGGCAGAGCAAGUUACAGAAGAGACCUGAACGGGGCUAGGGCAUCGGUAUAUAGCGAACGCGGGUGUACGGAAGGAGAGUCUGGAAAUUGCUCUAACUACAGCCACACUACAUUCCUCUGGCCGAACGGCAUCAUUCCUUAUAUCAUCACCAUUGACAGCAACUUCACAGAGCCAGAAGAGGAGAAGGCUAAAGUUCGCGAGGCCAUGGACUGGUGGGAAAAUGCCACGUGCGUUCAGUUCAUUCCAACUAACUCAACCUCGGAACCCCAUCUAAUCGUAAAACUGAAGUACAACACUGAACGUUGCGAUGCACUCACUGGGUACCGAAGGAGUCACACCAUCGCAUCCAUCACCCUAACCUGCAUCAAUGGCUACAACAGUGUUGGAAACAUAGCCCACGAAAUGGGGCACGUAAUUGGCUUGAAUCACGAGCACAAUCGGGCGGAUCGCGAUUCGUUUAUCACGGUGUACCACGAUAAUAUUCUCUCUGACUAUGAAAGGUCCUACAUGAAAGACGAAAACUACGAUUACUUCGGUACGCCGUACGAUUUGGACAGCAUAAUGCACUAUCCCCCGGUCUCAGGCGAUGCGAUUAACCCAUCGCUGCCAGUGUUCACACUUAACGAUGGCAUCGUGUUUAACGGCACCAUAGGUCAGAGGAAGUGUUUGUCUUACUUCGACAUCGUUGCCACUAACCGGCUAUACCGAUGCAACAGAACAACACCUCCCAAGACCAGCUGCAACUUCCAUAAAAUGUACAACCGCUCAGAGGCA